AUCCGGAUGCAGAUACAAAGAAAGCUUUGCUACCGCCUAGCGGUCAUCCGAAUUCCUGCAUCCCAAUCUGCUAUGAAAAGAGGUAUUCUGAACGGGCGCUUUCUAGGACCCAGCAGAGACGUCGGCAAAGAGCACGUGACUGAUCGGCGGUGGUCUUCCGACUCCGGCAGCCCCACCUUGGGGAUCGUCAUGAGCUUGGAAGCGCUUCGGUACCGCAGGGGGUCCCUGCAGAUUCUCAACCAGCUUCUGCUGCCUCAUCAGAGCCUCUAUGAGGAAAUAAGCAGCGUUCGCCAGGGCUGGGAGGCCAUUCGGUCUAUGAAGGUGCGAGGUGCUCCAGCCAUUGCCAUUAUAGGUUGUCUGAGUUUGGCAGUGGAGUUGCAUAAUAAAGGAAAUGAAGAACUGAGUUUGGGCAACCUUGAGAUUUUCGUGUUGGAUUCACUGAGCUACUUAAUAAGUGCCAGACCUACUGCUGUCAACAUGGCCCGGGCAGCUCGGGACCUGGGACACUUUGUCCAUCAGGAGGCAAAGCAUGAAGGGACUACUCCAGAGAGGUUACGAGAAAGUGUGAUCCACUGGGCGGAAAUGUUGCUGCAGAAAGACCUGGAAGACAACAAAAACAUUGGGGAACAUGGAGCUUGCCAUCUCUUGCAGCGAGUAGGGCAGGGCAAAGUGAGAGUCCUGACUCACUGCAAUACUGGCUCAUUGGCCACUGCUGGUUAUGGCACUGCACUUGGUAUCAUUCGCUCGUUACAUGCCAUGGGUCGUCUGGAGCACGUUUACUGUACAGAGACACGGCCAUACAAUCAGGGGGCCCGGCUGACUGCUUAUGAAUUAGUGUAUGAGCAGGUGCCUUCAACACUCAUUGCUGAUAGCAUGGCCUCCCUGGCAAUGAAGGAAAAAAAGAUAUCAGCUGUCAUUGUGGGAGCAGACAGGGUUGUUGCUAAUGGAGACACGGCCAAUAAAGUGGGUACUUAUCAGCUGGCUAUUGCUGCAAGAUACCAUGGGAUUCCCUUCUAUGUGGCAGCACCCAGCACUUCCUGUGACCUGAAUUUAGAACAUGGAGGGCAGAUCAUUAUUGAGGAGCGGCCAACCCAGGAACUGACAGACAUCAAUGGUGUACGAAUUGCAGCACCAGGCAUUGGUGUUUGGAAUCCAGCCUUUGAUGUCACUCCUCAUGAAUUGAUAACUGGUGGCAUUGUCACUGAGUUUGGGGUCUUUCCUCCUGCUGAACUUCAGGCAGCACUGACACGGGCAGUGAAUAAAGUGUAAAGAACCUGAGUUAAGCUGUUUCUGAAUAGGGUGUGAAUCCAAUCUUCAGCAAUUUUUACUAGAGCAACUUUCCCUAACCUGGCAUCUUUCCAGAUGUUUUGGACUCAAAUUUUCAGAGUUCUGUACAACUGGAAAUUGUAGUCCCAAUAGCUCUGAACGCCAUUUGGUUUGGGAAAGUUGUACUAGAAAGGUCAGCAUUUGGAUCUGAUGGGAAUGCUUUGUAUUACUGCAAUUUGUUACUGAAUGCUCAUUUUCAAACUAAAAGUGGGGAUUUAUGUGUGCAGACAGUGCUCAUUAUCCAUGCAACUUAGAUAACAAAAUAACCUAGAUAAGAUUUUUUUUUUUUUUUUGCAAAAAGGAAGCUGUGAUUGUCCUACUUCCAUCAAAGCAAAUUAAAUAAUGUGGGAAGCUUGCUUCUUGAAUGUGGUCUAUAUUGGGGGUUUCCACUCUGGCUUUGGGGGGGGGGUUUGCUUGGUUUUGGAGUUUCUGAAUCACGCUAUAGCAUAAAAUUUUUCUUCAGUAUCAAGUGAUAUUUGGUGAUACACGUGUAGUAUAAUUAUAUUUCUUUAUCUGAAUCAUUUUUGUUCAUUUGUUGUUUAGCCUUCUUCAUUGACAUUCUGCUGUAUAUUCCUGUUAAUGCACCAUUUUCCAAACUGUUCUUAAGGUCCAUUGGUGUUGUAUCUCACAUGAUUUUAAUCUUAUGACAACAGGUUCUCUGUACCAGUGCCUUCCAGUGUAGGAGUUUUGUACCAGGAAAUCUUUGCAAUACAUUUUAUGUAAAUCUAAUGUUGACAUAAAUAAAAGUAUGACCUAUUAGUGAUCCCUCUAUUGUGGAAGAGGGAUGAAAAUUCAGAGAUGAUAGCUUGACUUAAGGUUCAUGGCAGAGGUGAGCAUUGGCUUACUUCUGCCUUACUUUCAGUGGGUUAACUAUUUUGGAUCAAUGCAUAUGGAAAAUAUUAGCUGUGAGUGCUUGCCAUGAAAUUUAAGUUCCUUCUUGACUACUUCAGAUUUGCAAGCUCAUUCUUUAUAACAAGAUUUUUUCAUUUUCUGUUCUUUAGGCAAACAUUCAUUCCUCACAAUAGGCCAUGUACUUCCCAUUACUUUCCAUAAGUGUAAGAGGGAGCUUCCACUACUGUACUAUUUAGAAAUGAGAUUUGGGUGCAGCAGGAGAAAGAUAAAAGUUGAAUUCAGAGGAAUGGGAUACUUAAGAAGUUUCUAUAGUAACAAAUAAAAAUUAAAAACAGAGGAUGUGUGGGGUUCUGUACAGAUAUGGGCCAUUUUAAUUGGACAGAAAGAAUACAAUAAUAGCCCAUGCUCAUUAAAUCUGUUUUUAAAGCAUUUAAAUUUUCUAUGGCUUCAGAAUCUAUUUAGGGAGUUUUAAAUUUGCAGCUAAUAGUUCUACAAAAGUAUAGGUCAAAGGAAUCUAAAUUUAACCUACUGGAAAAAAAAUAGGCUAUGCUAGCUUUGAUUGACUAUAAUUUUCAGCAGCUGCAGAUCUAACCCUAUUUAAAAAAAUUGCUGCAUCAAUUAAAUGAACUGAAUUUGAAGUUAUGACUGCUGUAGCAGAGCUGUUCACUACCUUUGUAAAUGUUCUGUACAGUUUGGUUGCAUUUGACUGACCCUAAUGAUUUUUUGUUUCACCAAUUCACAGAUGGGUUCUUGAUGCACUGUGUUCAUGAAAAGUCCUAAUGUGAAAAUUUGCUUAAGGUCAGGGUAAUUUAAAUAGCCUGUCAAGAGAAGCUUUUAGAAAACCCAGUGUGUGACUAUAAUCUGCAAGAAUUCUCAUUAGGUAUGCCUUAUAUUAAGGCAUUGAUUUUGGCUCUGUUCCAUCAGGUGGAAAGUACCUCUUUCAUCAGUGCGGAUGGUGGGUGCAUUAAAAAUAAUUUCUCUCUCUGGCUGUUGUAAUGCCUAUUUAAUGUUCUUGUUGGAAAGGUUAAAACCAAUUGUUGUUGUGAUUUUUUCCUAUUGGCAUUUCCGUUGUGUAUUAUGGGUCAAACAGCAGUCACAAAAAUGUUCAUUGCAGCGUGCUGAUCUUGUUAUAACUGUGUAUGAAGAGCAAGUUAACAAAUAAUUUACUCACUAAAAUGAAUAGCCUAGAUUUAGGUUAUUGUAAUGGCUUUGUAACAUGUGUUGCCAUAUGUAUCAUUUCUGAUCCACAUGGAAAUAAAUUAACCUUUAUUCCUACUAUUGCCCAUUACUGCUUUUAACAACAACAAAAGCCAUGUGGUUUUUAAUUGCUAGAAGGGGCAGGGGGUGGACUUCAAACUUUUGGUUUCAAACUUGGUCUUUGUGGUUCGUAAAUUACGUACUUUGGUUUAGCAUGAUGGGUGAACCUGUACUUAUGUAAACCUGUAAUCUUUUGCAAGCAUAAUUUAAAAGCAGCUGCAUAUUUUCCCCUCCCUUUUUCUGUAUUUCUAAUCUUCAUAAUCUGUGAACAGUAGAAGUAAAAAAUAUUGAAAGUCAUCUCACAGCUUUAUAAAGACUUAAUUUAAUUUGUACAAAAUCCAUAUUAUCUUUUAGAUAAUGUACUUUUGAUUACCUUCUUUUCUUGUAUAGUUUGGAGCCAUGGAUACUUCAAAUGAGAAAACAUUUCUUGUAUUUGUUUGAUUAAAGUCAUAUCUUCUUUAAAAAUAACCUAUCUGCUUUGUACUUUCAUCCCUGGAUCUAAAACUAUGUGUUUUUUGGCACUAGGUGGCAUCUGAACUCUGUCCAUUGUUUUAAAAUGAUUUCUGCAGGAGGAAGAAUAAAAUAGUUCGCUAUUCUUUAUUUUUAUUUGGACUCACUUUUAAGUCAUUCUGAUAACUUGGUAAGCCUGAUUCAUUUUAUUAUUUAUUUGUUAUUCAUUUCCUGUCACUAUUCUUUCUACAGCUUUCUUUUUGGGGAGGGGGGCAGGUCAUUAAAUUUGAUUAGAAUUUUGCUUUUGUCUUAUCCUACCCUCACACACUGCUUGAACUGCAGUUUGUUUAAUACUUAAAACUUCAUUUCUUUCACGCAAUUCCUGAUCAUUAAUGUUAAUUACAAUUCAGAGUUACCCAACAAGGCACCAAGACAAUGCUAAUGAGUCUUUAGACAGAUCCUUUGCUGCUAGGUACAUUCUUUGCCCCAAUUCAUUUUAAAAGUUAUUUUUAUAAAAAUAAAGGGAAAGCUAGAAAAUGACCAGUCUCAGGCAUAAGAGUAUGAUUCAAGAUGCUGGUUAUCAUCUAUAAAGGCUUACAUGGCAUAGACUGGAUAUUUGCAGGACCACCUUUCUCCUACUGUUUCUCCUUGGCCCACCAGACUUAGCAGAGAGAGCAUGCUUUGGGUUUUUCCCUUCGAAUAGGGGUGUUGGUUGUAUAAAUAUGCUAAAUAAAUAAAAAAAAUUAUGUGUCAGAUUCUGAUGCAUCCUCUUUUUUGAUCUUGUUUCUAUUGAUGUUUAAUUGUUUUUAAAUGGUUUUGGAGAAUGUUUUGUUAG